UCCAUGAGGUCACGAAAAGUCAGAAGCGAUGGAACGAAUACACAACAUAUAAUUCAUAUUGAGGGGUCUGAUUUCUCAAUAAUACCCCAACUUUGCCUGAAGGGGACCAAAGCUGUUUUAGCUAAUGAUAUUCUACAGUAUUCACCGAAAGUAUAGUAAUAUUAUGAAGAUUGCCUGGACUCAAGUCAGGGUGAGUCUCAACUGUCAUGCCUGGAUAUUUGACUUAAGAAGUUAUGGAGCAGAUUGAGCUGUUACUUAAAAGAAAAGUAAUUAACUUUGUCACAACACAAUGGAUAACAUUACUGCAAGAGAGUUGCUGGAAGAGAAGGUGAGGCAAAGUGGAAAGAGGGGACAUGAGGCAUAGGCAAAAUAAGACUAACUUUAAGGACUCUCUGUAGUAGCCAAGGUGACUUAACUGAGGUUUUUAUACUUUGGACAUAUUGUGAGACAAAAUGACUCAGUGGACAAGAUGAUAAUGUUUGGUAAAACAGGAAGCUGAAGGAAAAGAGACCACAUUAUAGAUGAAUUGACUCCAUCAAGCAAAGCAUGGCUGUCUUGAAUUUCUAAGAUCUGAGCAUUGCUGUUGCUGACUAGGAUGCUUGGAGAUCCAGAACGUUGCUAUAAGUUGAAAUGAAAAAGACAGAGAAUUGCGAUGCGAAUCGGGGAAAGAGGUGGGAGGCAAGGGAAAGACAGGCACAAUGAGUCAAAGUGAGAUAAAAAAGAAAAUGGAGUGAGAAGUGUAGAGGCAGUGUUCAAGGGAAGGCGUGAGUCAUCUCGUCUCCUGUCUUGCUGUUGCUGCGCUACUGGCGUUUGCGGGUUCCCUGUUCUGAAAUCAACAGAAGUACCUGCAUGACCAGAAAGAAGGUGGGAGGAUUGGCUGAUUUUUAUUCAUUUUAAGGAGUCAUUUAGUCUGUAUUUAAAUUAAAUGUUCAUGUAUUUCAUGGUUUAAAUCACUUUGUGACCCUAACAUGUUGAAACGUGCUAAAAGCACUGAUUCAGAUAAAUCCGUAAAUUAAUGAAACGCAACAUGUGUCGGGGUCUUGUACCUUUUUCUGCUCAGAUAUAUGCAUUGGCAAUUAUUUUUGUUCUGUUGUUAAGAAAUGUACUAUCUUGUUCUGUUGUUAAGAAAUAUCCUGAUCUUAAUGCUUCAGGCAUUAAGGAAUUUCUAGAAAUACUGUCUUUUGUUAUUCGCUGUUAAAUUGUCUUUAUGGUAACCCUCCGAACGGAUGGGCACUAAGGCUCCCUAGCAGUAUUCCCAGACAGGUGUACCAAUGCCUGUUGCUAGGUGAAGUGUCUUCCCAAGAUGGAGAUGAAACAGAACACAGAGGGGAGAAAGAAGGGUAACUUAGACUAUGGAGAUGUUGAAGACAUGGCUGAGACAUCCCAAGGAGCUCUACAACUUGGUAUGGUUCAAGAUGGGCGGUUACAAGACCAUGAUGCCGAAGAUGGACCAGGACUCUCUCAGUGAAAGCCUCUGCCUCUGCUACCGGUAUGUCAACCAGAGUAGUCAGAGCUACUCGGCUAUCAUUCACAUGCUUGAUGGGAAGCUGCGCCAUGUAGUUUGCAUCCUGUACCUGGUUCUCCUGGCUCUGGACAUAGUGGAGGAUGAUAUGACAAUCAGCUUGGAAACCAAGAUUCCCAUUUUACACAACUUCCAUUCCUUCCUCAAUCAGCCGGAUUGGCGAUUCAUGGGCAGCAAUGACAAGAACAAGCAUGUGCUGGAGGAUUUUCCAACGAUCUCCUUAGAAUUCCGGAACCUGGCGAAGGUCUAUCAGGACGUAAUUGCAGACGUUUGCCGCAAGGUGGGCCUUGGGAUGGCUGAGUUCUUAGAGAAGAAGGUGGAAUCUGAGAAAGAUUGGGACAAGUACUGUCAUUAUGCCUCUGGUCAGUUGGGGAUCGGCCUCUCACAACUCUUCUCUGUGUCCAAACUGGAGGACCUUACUGUUGGCCAGGACAUCGAGCUCGCAAACACCAUGGGGGUUUUCCUACACAAAAUCGACAUCAUCCGGGAUUACCAUGAAGACCUACUUGCAGGCAGAGAGUUUUGGCCCCAAGAGGUGUGGAGCAAGUAUGCAAAUACGAUGUCAGAUCUGGCCAGGCCAGAGAAUGUCAACAAAGCUAUCCAAUGUCUGAAUGAGCUCAUCACCAAUGCCCUGCAUCACAUCCCUGAUGUCUUGACAUACCUGUCCCGACUGAAGAACCAGAGUGUGUUCAACUUCUGUGCUAUCCCACAGGUAAGAGCCAUUGUCAUCUUGGCAGCCUGCUAUAACAAUCCACAGGUCUUCCAGGGGCCGGUGAAGAUCCGGAAAGGGCAAGAUGUUUCAUUGAUGAUGGAUGCCACCAACCUCCAAGCUGUCAAAGCCAUCGUGUACCAGUAUAUGGAAGAGAUUUAUCGGAAGAUCCCCAGCACUGAUCCUUCCUCCAGCAGAACCCAACAAAUUGUCACUUCUGUCUGCUCCUUGUGUUCACCCAGGAGGACAAUCGUCCCACAAACCCAUUACUACGCCAUCUACAUGUCCUGUGUGAUGGUUUUAGCUGUCCUGGCCUGGCAGUAUCUGAACAUGGUCUCCAAGGGGGCUGAUGAAGACAUAUACAUAGCUGAGAACUGAGGGUUUUCAAAAAUGUAAUUUAGAUCCAGCAAAUUGAAAAUAAAAACAUUAAAAACACAGACAUUAACCAAGAAAAGAAAAUCUAAAAAGCAAAUACAAAAAUAGACCCCAUGUAUUAUCUCCCCAUAUUUUUCCCUGCCCCUACUAACUAAAGGGAGCCCCCGUAGCACAGUGGGUUAAACCGCUGAGCUGCUGAACCUGCUGAUUGAAAGGUUGGUGGUUCGAAUUUAGAGAGCGGGGUAAGCUUCCGCUAUUAGCUCCAGCUUCUGCCAACCUAGCAGUUUGAAAAUGUAACAGGUACCGCUCUGGCAGGAAGGUAAUGGUGCUCUAUUUAGUCAUGCCAGCCACAUGACCUUGGAGACAGCGAUGGACAACACUGGUUCUUCAGCUCAGAAAUGGACAUGAGCACCAACAUCCAAAGUCAUACACAACUAGAUUCAAUGUCAGGGGAAAACCUUUACCUUUACCUUACCAACUAAAACUAAUAAACUCUAUCACCAGCUAGACAAUGUGUAUCACAAAAGCAUGCUGUAAGACACCUUAAACCUAUAAUCCAAGAUAAGCAAAACUGUGGAAUAGCCCAAGAUUGAGCCCUUAAUGAGCAUCAGUGUCCUUUACUGCAAACUACAUCACAUGGCAAGCUCGGCUCCACAGAAUAUAAAUCACUGUGUGGAUACCUAAAGCAUGCACAUUCACUUUCCAGAGGAGGGAGGUUUUUAAAAAUACAUUCUUCAUAGGUCUCAAGCUAUCGAUACUGCAGAUUCUAGAAGUGGUUUUAGGCUAGCUUCUACAUUGCAUGUAAUCACCACCUGGUCUCAAACUGAUUCCAGGAUUUGUACAUUGAAACUGCCUUCUUCUAUACCAGUUUGAAAAUGACCUAAGUGGUCAGUAUAGGUGUGCCCACAUGAGCCACAAAUAUUUGCUCAUGUGGAUAAUCCUUGACCCCUUAUACCUAGAAGCAGUUUUAUGUCCCCAAACUGGCUUUUAUUUGUGAUUUGCUUUCUUUCCCACACUGAGCUGGAGUGCAGAAACAACUCUUUAGCAACACUCCUGAAGUCAUGCAAGGAGUGUCAUUUCAGACCAUUUCAGACCAUCCCUGACGCAUAAGAUGCAAUUUUCUAUGCAUACUUUUGAUUCAGUGAAAUCCCAGGAUACAUCUAGUUGAAACCUGCUACCCCUCAAAACACAUUAAUGAAUACCACACACAUACAAUUUCCAUCUGUAGCCAAAAUGGUCAAUAGGAGUACUACAAAAGCAAGGAAACUGGCCCUCAUGGUGAACGUCUGGUUUGAUAAUGCAUUGAAGGAGAAGUUGCUCAGGAGAUGGGAUGAAGAGUGAGGUUGAUGACAGCAGUAUUUAGAGAAUUUGUCUACACUGGCCACAAAAUUAAAGUGGCCCAGAAGUCAAUCCUGGAUGUCUUCAUGAUAUCUGGUGAUUUCCUGUGUAAGAGAUGAAUCUCCACUCAACAUGGAAACCCACAGGACACUUUUGGGCACACCAAACUCUUUCAGCCUUAGAAAAAUGCAAAGGCUCUCUGAACAAAUCACCAUUGGAUAUAAAUGAUUUAAAGGUAUACUGGAACAAAUGGGACUAACCUAGUGUCUACUUAGUUUUAACUACCUGCUUAGCCCAUGUGUAUUUCCUAUGUGUUUUCCCACACUUCAUUUCUCUUUUUUCUUGCUAUGUUUAUUUGCACCUGUGUUUCAAAGUACAAAGUGUUGGUUUUGACCUUUAAAGCCCUACAUGGUUUGGAUCCAGGUUACCUACAAGAUGUCCUUCUCCUGCACAAUCCACCCUUUAGGACACUGAGGUCCUCUGACGGACGCUUUCUCCAACCAGCCAGAACCCAGCUGGAAACCAUCACCCAGAAUAUCUUUUCAUCAGCUGUCCCAAGAAGACUGUGGAAUGACCUGGCAGAAGAGAUUUGACAGCUAAAGGAGGUGUCAGAAAUUAAAAUGCAGUUGAAGACACAUCUCUUCUGGCAGGCUUACCCAGUCAACUUUCAAUCAUGAAUUUUGAUUUACAUUCUAUUGCUGCUAUAUAUCAAUUUUGUAUCGGUGUUUGGUGCAAGUUUUUAUAGUUUUGUAUAUUUUUCUAUGUAAUUUAUUGUAUAUAUUUUAUGUUCAUAUGUUUUUAUCUUGUUGUGCCUGACUUGAGCCAUCAGGAGAGGUGGAUAAUAAAUAAAACAAAUUAUUAUUAUUAUUA